AUGCCAAAAAUACUCAGUGUCCUGUCAGCCAUAUUAAUGGCACUAUUCUUCACAGCAGUUCUAGCCAGUCGACCAGUAGCAAACAAAAUCCACAGACCAUCAUCAGAAAUCUCUAAACGUCGUCUACCUCGUCUGGAAAGUCGUGGCGAAGGCGGAUCAUAUGAAGGCUAUGCUACAUUCUUUCAUCCUGCAACAGAAGGCGGUUCGACUGGUGCAUGCGGACCACAGGAAGAUGACAAUAGUCAGAUAGUCGCACUGAACCUUGACCAGUUUGGAUAUGAUGGACCUGCUAGUGACUGGUGCUUUAAAGAAGUCCUGAUAAAGUCUGGAGAUCGCUCAACAGUGGCUACAAUUCAAGAUGCCUGCCCAGGUUGCAGAUAUCACUCACUUGAUUUGACACCAUCGGUCUUUCUUGAAUUAUCAAAUUUAAACAUUGGUAUUAUCCCAAUCGAAUGGUGUAUUCUAGGCGAAGGAGAUUGUUCAACAGAUUAG